ACUGCCUCUCCCCUUCAAAAGAAACCACCCUGCUCCAUUUAUUUCAGAAUCUAGAGGAAGUUGACAAGGUGUGACAGCCACACAGCACAACAUGUGGUGGAGAGUUUACAGCUUGCUGGCUUGGCUCCCCUUACGAGAGGCUUUUCUGACUAACCACACGGAAACCGUCGCCGUGGAGGAAGGCCAGACGCUCACUCUGAAAUGUGUCGUUUCUCAAGGGAAGUCCGCCUCCCUGCAGUGGUUGGCCCCGUCCGGGUUCACCAUUUUUUUAAACGAGCAGCCUGCUUUAAAGAAUUCCAAAUACCAGCUUCUCCACUACUCCCCCACUCAGCUGUCCAUCAGCGUGCCUAACGUGACCCAGCAAGAUGAAGGCGUGUACAAGUGCUUACAUUACAGUGACUCGGUGAGGACAAAGGAAGUGAACGUCGUUGUGCUGGCAACUCCUCUCGCGCCAACCCUGGAAUAUUCAGUUAUCAGAAGACAGAAUGGAGAAGAACAUAUCAUACUCAAAUGCUCCACGACGAGAAGUAAGCCCCCUCCACAGAUAACCUGGCUUUUAGGGAGCGGCAUUGAGCUCUAUGGUAAAACACACCAUGAGUUUGAAGCUGAUGGGAAAAAAUGCACUAGCACCAGCACGCUCAGAGUCCACACUUAUGGCCCACACGCCACAGCGCACUGCAUCGUCCGACACGAGGGCUUGCGGGGAAGCAGGCUGGUAGCCCCUUUCCGUUUUGAAGAUUUGGUUACUGAUCAAGGGACAGCUUCCAAUGCCCUGGAGAGCAGCUCUCUAUCCUCUCAAGACCCUCGGCAGCGCACUAGUCCUGUCGCAGUACUGGAAGGUUCUAGUACAUCAGAGAUUGGCAAGGAUGGGGAAGAACAAACCACUCAGGACCCUGACGUGACCAGUGCACAUCCGCGGCACUUGGGGUUGACGAGGAAGAAGAACGGCGUCUUGCUGCUCACUCUGGUGUCCUUCCUCAUCUUUGUACUGCUCAUCAUAGUCCAGCUCUUCAUUAUGAAGCUUCGGAAAGCCCACGUGGUGUGGAAAAGAGAAAACGAAAUUUCAGAACACACUCUAGAAAGUUACAAAUCAAGGUCAAAUAAUGAAGAAACAUCAUCCCAAGAGAAAAAUGGCCAAACUUCUCACUCUAAGAGCUACGUGAACUACAUCACUCAGUGGUACUCAGAAGCAAAAACAAAGAGGAAGGAAAAUGCACAAAAUGCAAAAUUAGAAGGACAGCACACUUGGAUACCAGAGAGCAUCGUGUAGUGCACGCCCUGCAACAGAAAAUAGGAUUUCAGGGCAGCUGCUUGUCACCUCGGUGGCACAGCCUGUGGGAAGGAACAUCAUUACUACCCCGUGAAAAACAGUUUGUGUGCAAUGCAGUAUGGUGUCCACCCGUGGUAAUCUGACUGGGAUUCGGAGCAGCAAAAUGAGGACCAAACCAUGGACAUAAAUCUUUGUAGUUAAAAAAAAAGAAACAGCCUAUUAUACGUGACACUACUUCACAGCAGGAGGCAGUCUCCUAAGCCUCGGGAUCGGGGUCCACGUGACCAGCUAGCACCUCACCUCAAAAGGAACAGAAGUUUUUGAUGCUGAGCUCUAGUCUCCUAUUAGAACUACUUAAAAAAUAUUUUUUUUAAUCUUUCCUUCUGGUCUCCAGAUUUAAAAAAGAAAAAAAACUUUGGGAUGAAAAAGGUCUAACGAAGCUCCUUAAUCCUGGGAGUUUACAUUCGGGGAGGACUUGAAGGAGCCGGAACCAGCCAUGCCGCGCCAGGGAGACGUGGUGCAUAACAGUGAAUGAGCUUUAAAUAAUGAGCGUGACCGCCCAAGACCCAAGCGUGAGUUCAAGGGAGGCCCAAAGUUUUUAUUUUCUUGCUAAAUCGCAAGAGCUGAUCUGGUAGACAAAGUUUUUACCAGGAUACCUCAUUACAAAAACAUGCACAAAAGAAAACAGUGAAUUUAACAUACUGAUUACCGACCUAAUGGGUGCUUUUAAGAAUGUAUUUAAUAAAGAGCAGAAUGUAUAUGGGGGCUUUUUCUUCAUAUUCUAAGCUGUGCUUCCUCCUUUCACUUUCACAUGUGAAAGUAACACAGCCUUUUUUUUUUCUAUCAGUUUAUUUAAGGUGUAGCAAACUCUGACAUUUAUUUACAACAUUUCUCCUAGUCGGGAUCUAAAUAAACUAAUUCUAAAAUAUCAUCCCCAACUGUCUACACACACUCAUGUUUUGAGUUUGUAAUUUUUUCCUUUCUGGCACAAAAUAUUCGAGGCUUAUCUUCAACUUUCCUGUCUCAGCCCUGUACACAGCCAUUUCUCCAAGGAUCCCUGGUUCCUUUUGGUGGAAAAUGGUAUUUAGAAGCCAAGACCCCAGGGCUAGGUGUAUGCAUUGCUUUGUGGGUAUCACUGUUCUCAAGUGCUCUCAGUAUAGAAAGCUUGGGAAUAUAAGAGAAUGCACACAUAUAUCUGUAUAUAUGUGUCUAUGUGUAUGCAUAUACUUAAAUCUAUCUAUUGAAAAACAUGACUUUAUUCUAGUUUUCUCCUGGCCUGUAUUUGUAACUAUCUUUUCUGGAAAACGUGGCUUCCAUUAUCCUGAAUGUGUACUGAUUUGCUCAAUCCCUGUAUGCAAACAGUCUCUCCUCUGCUACCAUCCUGUUCUCCUUGAAGGCGCUCUCCUCUUCCUGUACAGGUCUGGCCCCACAUGCUGUGUCCCCAGCCCACCAAUAGGGUGCUCUCCGCACCAUGCCUGGUCUCUGAUGCCCCCCACCAGGGAGCUGCAGUGUAUGGAAGCCUGGCCACACACUUGUCCACACACUCUUCUCAUCCACACAAGCUCAGCCACCCCUCUCCAGCCUCCACAGCUUCCCCACCAGCACCGCUGUGGACGCCUACUUUGCUAUACCCCACUCAGCGACUUUAGGACUGAAUUAUUAGGGAAGAGUGGGAAGUGAAAGAGGAAAACGGGAAUGAACUGAUGUCCUGAUUUCUAGGAGAGUUUUAAUGAGUAAAGACAUCAAGGUGAGACAUGUCACUUAUGGUUUUGCAGCACUUUGAGACAGAAAUCAUUUACCAAAUCAUUCAUAUUCUGCGGACAAUCCAGAGAUGAACAAUUUCUCUUCAGAGAGUGCCGGUCAUGGCUGAUCAAAUCUUACUUCUGCAUCCUGCUACUUUGAGUCUGUGCUUGCAGGUUAAUCCCCCCAAAGGACGUUCACUCAGACUGUUUCCAUUACUCCAGUGCCUUUUACUGAGGAGGUCAGACUAAGGUGCCAACGUCACAGAACCAUGCAAAGCAGAGAUAAGCAGACAUUGCCAAUGGCCAGAAUCACCUGAGAGGAUUUCAUAAAACUGGGAUCCCCAGGUUUAUCCUCAAAGACUGGUCUUAGCAGACCUAAAGCCAGGGCUUUGGAAUUUGCUUUUUUUUUCUUAAAGCUCCCUGAGUGAUUGCAACAGAUCAGGGCAGUACAAACCAACAUUUCUCAAAACACAGCUGAAGUAGAAAUAUGAUCAUUAAAGCUAAUUUAGAAAUUAGAAAUAAUGUCUAGAGAUAUUACAUUCUCCUGGAGGCAGAAGGACAUUAUGAGUCAUCUAGUCCUACCUUGUGUAGAACUACACCCCAAUGCACAGGCCCAGCACAUCCUGUGAAGGAAGAAUACCCAACGUGCAUAGUGCCUAGCCCAUAGCAGUUUCUCAGUUUUCAUUUGGCAAACAGCAGAAGGAAGACAGAUAAAAGAAAAACGACAUUUGUAGAGAGCCAAUUAUGAGGCAGACACUUGAUAUGAGUAAGCUAAUAUAACCAUCACAACAAUUUUCAAGGUAGGUAUCAUAAUGCACAUUUGACACCUAAGAGAUACUCUAAGGUCUCCAAAGGGCUUAGGAGGUUACACCGAUUAUUUAGCCAGUUAAAGAGAGAGAGCCCAGAUGCUGCUCUGGGUCUGUCUGGUUUCAGUAUUAUGCUCCUUCUAUUGCUAUAUGAGGAUGAUUCCUGGGGGAUAUUUAAGAUGAAAUAUGUUGAGCCAUUGUCAUUGCUCAAUUCCUUUUAAUUGCCCCUCCCCAUUCUCUACCCUUUUCUACCUGCUUGGUGCCCUGGGACACCAACACUUUAGGCUACAUCAGUGGGCUCCCUUGACCUCUCCCUGGCACCAGCUGGGAACCGUGGAGUACCAGCAAUGUGCAAGGUUUCUGGGUACUGACUGUGCCCUGGCUGGAGGCCCCGACUCCUGUCAGGCUGUCCUCUGUCUCAGCUUCUGGAAUCUACUUGCUUCUUUCACCUCAUCAAGUCUAGAGGGAUCCUGCAUUGUCUUUUGUGGUUCCCCCCAAUUUUGUAACUAGUUCACUUAAGUCUUCUCAAAUUGCUCAGUUUGAGUGUAUCACCUGUCUCCUGCAGAGACCCUAACCAAUACAAAACUAUGUUCAUAGAUUUCUCACAUCUCAACAGAUCUGAAUCUGCUUUCAUGUGUAAUUAUAGAAGACUAUAAUUAGCGAGGGUCUUUGGGGUCAUUUCAAUCAUUUCCUAAAAUGUAUUUUGAGAAGCACUGGUGGUCUAGAAAUGUUAACAGGUGUUCAGUGAAAAAAAAACAAAAAAAAAGUUUUUUGGGGCAAAACAAGUUUGCAGAAUGUUUAACUAUAUGUCUCUCAUAGAGAUGAUGCACAUUAGCAUAGUAAAGGCUCUGAAAGUCUUCUUGCAAAGGAAUCUGUUUAGCUUCAUUUAACCCAGCAAAACUCAAACUUAACCUUAUAAAGCAGUUCAUGAUGGCUGCCCGCCCACUGGCCAUUCGUCAGCAUCUCCCUCUUUCUAGUGGAUCUGUGAUUUUGUUCUGGUAUCCAGCCUAUACUGCGUAAUCCUGUGCUUCAGAGCAGGUGAGCCCCAUCCCCAGAGAAAAGAGAAAUCACGAUUGGCUAGAAGCAGCCACAGUCCCAUUUUUCUCCUUGCUGGCAGUCAGGUUAGGCUUGGAUACAUGAAACAUGCUGGCCAUUGAGACAUGAAUGGAAGUGCCUAAGAGGCUUCUGGGAAGGAUGUGUCUUAAUGAUAAAAAGAGAUUCUCGGAAUGAAUGCAUUUUCCUUCCUCCAAAACGUUGUCAUAAUGGCAAGUGAUGCUUGGAACUGCCAUGGCUAUUUUAAACCCAUCAGGGAAUCUGAGGUAAUGUGAUGAAGACACCAUAGAAGAGACAGAAGGGCAUGGAAUCCUUGAUGAUUUUGUUAAGAUGUUGAAUUUUCAGAAUUCCUUGUAAAGUGAGAUAAAAACUCCGUAUUGUAUUUAAAC